AUGUUACAAGAUUUAACUAAAAUUGGUAUUGAUAAAAGAAAUUGUGCAAAGAUAUUUGUUCUACCGACAACUUUCAUUUUAAAAGGAGAUAAUAAUAAAGCAAACAGAUCAUUAUCAUCAUCAUCAUCAUCAUCAUCAUCAUUAAAUUCGAUCGAAGAUAAAAAUAAUAUGAUUGAUAAUAAAUCAUCACCUAUUAAUGAAGAAGGUAACAUAAAUGAAGUAAAUGGUUCACCAUCCAACAGUCUUGCUUUAUCAUAUAAAAUUCGUUAA